AUGAUGCCUGAAAUGAAUGCCAGCUGGACGUUCAGCCUGAACACAUCUGCAGAUGAGCCGGGAACUGGCCUCUCUAGAAGGGGGCACACUAUUGUGGCAGUUUUUCUUGGACUGAUAAUGUUUUUCGGUUUCUGGAACAACUUGAUUGUCCUAAUUCUCUUCUGCAAGUUUAAAGCUCUGCGUAAUCCUGUGAACAUGCUACUGCUUAACAUCAGUUUAAGUGACAUGCUUGUCUGCAUCUCUGGCACCACGAUCAGUUUUGCAUCCAAUAUCUAUGGCAAAUGGCUUGGAGGGGAGUAUGGCUGCAGAUGGUACGGCUUUGUCAAUUCCUGUUUUGGCAUUGUGUCCCUGAUCUCAUUGGCCAUCCUUUCUUAUGAGCGUUACAGUACACUCACACUUGCCAAUAAACAUGUCUCUGAUUAUCAGAAGGUCCUGCUAGGAGUUGCUGGUGCCUGGUUCUAUUCUCUGAUUUGGACUAUACCACCUCUCGUUGGUUGGAGCAGCUACGGGACUGAAGGGGCAGGCACCAGCUGCUCAGUUCAGUGGAGCUCUGAAUCUUUAGAGUCGGUAUCCUACAUCAUCUGCCUCUUCCUAUUCUGCUUGGUCAUCCCAGUAAUGGUCAUGAUAUACAGCUAUGGACGGCUCUUUUGUGCUGUCAAACAGAUCGGAAAAAUCCGGAAAACAUCUGCCCGUAAACGGGAAUUCCAUGUGCUCUUCAUGGUGAUUACUACUGUCAUCUGUUACCUGAUUUGUUGGAUGCCCUAUGGAGUUAUAGCACUGCUUGCAACGUUCAGCAGGCCGGGCUCACUGACUCCAGUAGCAAGUAUUAUACCAUCCAUCCUGGCAAAGUGCAGCACUGUAUAUAAUCCAAUCAUCUACAUACUUAUGAAUAAACAGUUCUACAAAUACUUUCUCAUGCUUUUUCACUGUCAACCAUCAGCUGAUGGAGAAACCAAAUGUCAGUCAAAGGUCAUGGUCAUCCAGCUAAACCAGAAAACAGAAGGCAGAGCUACGUGCGAUAGCCAAGUACUUCCACAAACAGAUGAAAAAAUAGUUGGUCUUCGGACCCCAAAAUCAAGAAUGGAGCCCGCUUCAGACAACAUACCACAGAUGUCCAGAGAAAAUGUACUCUUGUAA